AUGGCCGCCGAGUCGGCCCGCCUGCGCCGCGCCGGCUUCCUCGACUCGUCGUGCGACCUGGUCGCCGACGCCGCCCGCGAGCGCUGGCGGUCCGCCGCCGCAGCAGCCGCCGGAUACCCCGAGGCUGCUGUCAUGGCCAUGUCGGGCGCCAUCCCGCUCAUCCCGGGGCUGCUGGGCCGGGGGGACGACGGCGGCGGCGGCGGCGGCGGCGGCAGCAGGGGCGUGGAGGAUGACGACGACGACGACGACGACGACGAAGACGACGAAUAUUACCAAGAUGAAGACGGCGAGCAUGACCCCGCGGCCCGGCCGGGUGGGGGCCGCCGCGCGACGCGCAGAGCGUGCGGUUGGGUCCGCAACCGGCUGCUGCGGCACGAGAGCCGCGUUGUGGGCUACCUAGGGCGGUUCAGUGGCGCCCGCGCGUGGGCUGAGGGGUGGCUCACGGCCCUAGAGGCGCGGCUGGACAGGCACUUGAGGGAUAUCGUGCCGGCGGCGGCGGACGGCCGGCGCGGGGAGGAGCCCCUCGGCGACCCCGAGGCCGUGGUGCAGCUGCUGGGCAAGGUGCAGAUGCGGGCGCGGAGGCUGCGGAGGCGGGAGAAUAAGAAAUCCGCCCCGAGGGUGCGCUUCAACGUUUUGGGGCGGCUUUAGGAGUAUGCAUAACGGACAUUGUUGCUUUGCUUUGCUCCCUUUCCUUUCUCGGAGCCCUCUGCGAAGUCGGCCACCCCGUUCCAGCCAUGUUCGCUCCUCGCACUGUCAUCACAUUACCGCACGCUCGCGCCUCUAAUUACCCAGAACUGCUUAGCCUGGAGUUUAGAGUAUUUUUUUCCGCCAUGACUUAUAAUAGGUAUUGAAUGGAAUAAGUAUUUGGAUUACGCCAAGCCCUUCUCCAACCAGACCUAGAUUCCAUCCAUAGACCGCCUCUCAGAACAAGUCAUGACAUCGUGAUGGUUGAGAGUUGAGGGUAAAAAAAGA